AUGUCGGAGUUAGAUCCCGAACGACACAUUCAAAAACAACGCAAUGUCGCCUCGGGAUACGCUCUCUCAAACAUCAUUCAACACGAAGCACAUUUCGACGCAGUUCUCCAACUCCUGACUUCCCGUUUGGACAGCUUCUGCGAAUCCGAAGAGCAAGUCGAACUGGACCAAUGGUUGUUAUUUCUCGCAUAUGACUCCGCGGGCGAAGUCAUUUUUUCCAAAUCAUUUGGAUUCCUGGAACAAGGUAAAGACGUCGGAGACGCUAUCAGAAACACGAGACGAUUGGCUCCAUACGUGGCUAUUAUGGGUUACUAUGUCUGGUUCCAUAACUUAACGCUAGGAAACCCACUUCUCAGUCGAUUAGGUAUCCAGCCUACAUCUCAUAUAUUCGACACUUGUAAUGCGGCAAUUGAUGCACGCCAGAAAAAUCCUGCAAAGCGAAUUGAUAUGAUGCAGAAGUGGCUUGAUACGCGCGCGCAACAUCCAGACCGCAUGGAAGAAAUUGAGAUUUUUACCGCUGCGGUCUCGACUCUUGCGGCUGGUGGAGAUACUGUUGGAACAACGAUGCAGGCGCUAUUUUAUAACUUGAUUCGGAAUCCUCACUAUAUGACGAGAUUGCGGAGUGAACUUGAUGCUGCUCAGGCCCGUGGGGAGCUUUCGCCUAUUGUUCAAUAUGCCGAGACCCAGAAAUUGCCUUUCCUUCAAGCCUGUAUAAAAGAGACGUACCGCUUCCAUUCCGCUAUUGGUAUGGGGUAUCCACGAGUCGCUCCGUCGGGGGGAAUGACGAUUGGUGACAAGUUCUUUGCUGAAGGGACCAUCCUUAGCGUGAAUCCAUGGGUCUUCCACCGGAACCCGGAAAUUUUCGGCCAAGAUUGUGACGAAUUCAAUCCAGACCGCUGGUUUGAGAAAGACACCACAGAAAUGAAUACCUUUUUAAUCCAUUGGGGCGCCGGAUAUAAUGCAUGCCCUGGACGAAACUUUGCUCAAUUCGAAAUAUCCAAGGUCGCUGCAACUUUGCUCCGGGACUACGAGAUUGAGCAAGUAGAUCCCAAGCAAGAGUGGAAAUGGUCCAAUCAUUAUCUCUGCGUGCCAUAUGACUGGCCCUGCAAGAUUCGGCACCGUUCAAGAGCAUGA